AUGUUUGCACCAAAUGACUUAGGUCCUACGAUAGAAAUCACUGCUUACACCUUAACAAGCCUAUCAACCCUAGUUGUUGGCGUGAGAUUUUACUGUCGAAUAUGGGUCGUAGGGAGGUUAAAACUAUAUGAUUAUGUCAUGGUAACCGCAUUACUGUGCACCUGGGGAAUGUGCGCCAUCAACCACUACCAACUCUUUUACGGCAGCGGCCAGCAUCCAAGACCCCCAAAUCUACCACCUGUAAGGCCAAAGCUCGGGGCCGCAAGAUCUUGGUACGCCUUCCAGCUGAUGUACUUGGCCGACCUUGCUCUUAUCAAGUUUUCCAUUCUCGCCUUUUACCUUACUAUUGCGACUCAACGAACGUUUCGGUUUCUCGUAUACCUUUCGAUUGUCAUUGUUGCAGUCUUCACGAUUGUUAUGAUAUUUGUCAACGCAUUUGAAUGUCCCGAACAUCCCUCCUUUGCCUUGGGACCUCAAAUCUUCGAAAGGGAGAAGUACCACUGCCUCAUUAUGAACACGGUCUACUACACACAAGCUGGCUUCAACAUCUUCUCCGAUACGGCGAUCCUCCUUCUCCCUAUGCCUCUACUUGUCCAGAUUAAGAGCAUGGCCAAGCUGAAACGUAUUGCACUACUCGGUGUCUUUUCCGUCGGUGGUAUUGCGCCGAUUGCAUCUGCCAUCCGUGUAUGGGGGGUGUACAUGUGGGCUAACUCAGACGAGCCUCGAUAUUAUGGCGGCUAUGUCAUAUUCUGGACGCAAAUAGAACUAAACACGGCAAUCGUAUCGGCUUCGGUGCCGUCACUCCAGCCUCUGUUCAAGAGAGUCUUCGGCGAGCUCUCGAGGUUCCCGCGGCGAAGCGCAUACUAUUACUAUGGAGAUGGGGCAGGCAGUCACAGCAAUAUGACGGAAGCGCAUAUUGGACAGGGGAGGAGAGAUGUGAGAGAAAUCCCACUGUCCGGCUUGGAGUCACCUCGGUCCUCUUAUCAUCCCCCGAAACAAAGUUCAAACACCGAAUUGGAGAGCGGCUGUAUUCACGUUCAUAGUAUUAGCGAAGAGGAGGAAAUCCGAGCUCGAGUCGACAUAAGCGAAGAGGAAGAAAUUCGGAAUCGAGUCCUUGCGUUCUCGUCCCAGAGGUCCUCUACUCAAUCCCACAUACCAAAGUCACCCGAGCGACCAAGAGACAUACUGAUGUCUUCGGGCUAA